CAGAAGUGAAACUACUCUCUGACACCGCUCGGUAUGGUCUACCGUGGAAGGCCCUCCAGAUCGUGGCGGGAAUGCCGGAGACGCGAUAUUAUAUGCGAUAAGAACAAGGACAGUUGCUCUCAAUGUGCCCAUGCAGGUCUCUCAUGCUCGGGAUACCCAAAUUCCACGGAUCUGAUCAUUCUUGAUGAGACCCCUGCUACAGUCGAGAAAGUGUUGAAGAAACGCGCUUUGCAGCGCCAAUCUUCCCCAAAUCCUCUAUCAACGAAGCCCCCUCCCACUGUCUUUCAACGCGCAAAAUACGUCUACAUCUCGCAAUAUGUUGAGGACGCACCAGCAACCGGUCUUUUUUCGUACAUGCAAGUCUUUUAUCCGUCGAGAUCCGAGGACUUCCAUCUUCUUGAAACCGUAAUCAACACAAUGUUCAUGGCAACCUUUUCGUCAUUGCAAGGGCAUCAGCCAGCCCUCUAUCAUGCUCGAGUUGGCUAUGGAUCAGCUUUUUCUCUGACUCGAAGGGCGAUCCAGUCACCGAAGGAGGCAGUUUUGGAUAGAACAUUGUUCUCCAUCCUGCUCAUGAGUGUCUUUGAGCGGCUGGCCAACUCCGAGCGGCAAAGGUCCAAUCUGCGGAAUAACCAUUUGCAAGAUGCAUUGGAACUGAUUUCCUUGAGUGGUAAUGGCCAUUUUACCGAUGAGGGGUAUCACGAUCUUGUUAUUCUUGAUUGCCUUGCUAAUGAAGUCGAUGUUCCACCGCGGUUCUUGUCCUUGCGACAGAUGGCUCUGUGGAAUGGUGCAGAUACGUCAUCACUACGAUGGAGAUUCCUGGAAGUUAUGCUGGAGUAUGCACAGACGCAAUCAAUUGCGCCAGAACAUCUAGAUCAACUAUCGAAGCAUCUGCCUUCUUUCGUCUCGAGGAGGCAAGGCCCUCAGCCCCUAAAUUCUUCAGCUACCUGGUCAGAUACUUACCCUGACUACAACACGCAGAGAUGCUGGAACAACAUCCGUGUUGUUCGUAUCCAACUGGCAAAAGUUAUACGUGAACAGUGUGCUCAACUACUAGGGGGCUCAACCGAUGAUGGCUCUGUCAUGGAAGAACUUCAUAGCUCUAACCAGCCGGCCGUUUCUCUCUCUUCAGACAUAUGUCUUUCUGUUCCUUGCAAGAGCGCUACGGCAGGCAUCCAGUCUUCUACGCUACUGUUUCAUCUUCAUGUGGCCAAAGAAAUUAUUUCGGGGCCAGCUGAAUUGAGGCUAUUUAUCCCCAAAAGAUUACAAUAUUCAAAGGAAAGGCAACCACCUUCGCAGGAUAAGUCAUGGGAUGGCUUGCUAUAUGACCCCCAUAACAAACCGCGGAAUGUGUGGAAUGCAUGGCUCAGGAUCGGAAAAGAGGACUAUUCAAUUUGA